AUGCGUGAGAUUCUGCACAUCCAGGGUGGUCAGUGUGGAAACCAGAUCGGCGCCAAGUUCUGGGAAGUAGUUUGCGCCGAGCACGGGAUCGAUUCGACGGGAAGGUACCAAGGGGACUCUGAUUUGCAACUCGAACGAGUCAAUGUGUACUACAACGAAGCCAGCUGCGGGAGAUUCGUCCCACGCGCCGUCCUGAUGGAUCUGGAGCCCGGUACCAUGGACAGUGUCAGAUCCGGGCCGUACGGUCAAAUCUUCCGCCCCGAUAACUUCGUCUUCGGUCAAUCCGGCGCCGGUAACAACUGGGCUAAAGGACACUACACGGAGGGCGCUGAGCUGAUCGAUUCCGUUCUCGACGUCGUCCGUAAAGAGGCCGAGAACUGUGACUGCUUGCAAGGAUUCCAAGUCUGUCACUCACUGGGAGGAGGAACUGGAUCUGGAAUGGGAACUCUGCUGAUUUCAAAGAUCAGAGAAGAGUACCCAGACCGGAUGAUGCUGACGUUUUCCGUCUUCCCAUCACCGAAAGUGUCCGACACCGUUGUUGAGCCUUACAAUGCAACGCUCUCUGUUCAUCAGCUCGUAGAGAAUGCAGAUGAGUGUAUGGUUCUUGACAACGAAGCUCUCUAUGACAUUUGCUUCAGAACUCUCAAGCUCACCACUCCAAGCUUUGGAGAUUUGAAUCAUCUCAUCUCUGCAACCAUGAGUGGUGUCACUUGCUGCCUCCGUUUCCCUGGCCAGCUAAACUCCGACCUCCGCAAGCUCGCCGUGAACUUAAUCCCAUUCCCUCGUCUCCACUUCUUCAUGGUCGGAUUCGCGCCGCUCACAUCACGCGGAUCGCAGCAGUACCGAGCCUUGACCGUCCCUGAGCUAACCCAACAGAUGUGGGACGCCAAGAACAUGAUGUGUGCAGCUGAUCCGCGCCACGGAAGGUACUUGACCGCCUCAGCAAUGUUCAGAGGCAAAAUGAGCACCAAAGAAGUGGACGAACAGAUGAUCAACGUUCAGAACAAGAACUCGUCCUACUUCGUCGAGUGGAUCCCCAACAACGUGAAAUCAACCGUCUGUGAUAUUCCACCGACGGGUCUGAAAAUGGCUUCCACUUUCAUUGGGAACUCGACUUCGAUCCAGGAGAUGUUUAGGCGUGUGAGCGAACAGUUCACUGCCAUGUUCAGGAGGAAAGCGUUCUUGCAUUGGUACACGGGUGAAGGAAUGGACGAGAUGGAGUUUACGGAGGCGGAGAGCAACAUGAACGAUUUGGUCUCGGAGUAUCAGCAGUACCAAGAUGCUACGGCUGAUGAUGAGGAAAAUUAUGAGUUUGAAGAAGACGAAGAGGAAGUGCAGGAGGAGCAAUAA